CCGGCUUCUUCAAUCUACCGCUUCUUGAAUUAUAUCGUGCAGAAUACAGAUCGCUAACAGCGCCCGGCAUCAAAGGAUCCGCGGUAUGCAUUGUGGAACGUGCCAAAACAUCUUCAGAGGUCCACUCUUGGUCGCAGAGCGUGUAUCUGAAUCGGGAGAUAUUGUUUUUCUCCGAGAUCACCAUCAUGAGGUGAGGGAUCUGCGCCAAAGUGCUCUCGAAGGGUGUUAUAUAUGCGAUAGGCUAUGGCACCUAAUUCGUCGUCGGGGUGGAGACACAUCUAUGACUUUGAAUCUUGAGACAUGCGGCCUUAAGCUUUCGAAAUGGCGUUCGGGAAUUCCGGUAGCGCUAUCAUUUAAGUACGGUCUAUCCAAUGGAGAGAAGGUAGAGGAACACUUCAGGCUAUGGCCUACCUGUGAAAUUCUGCCAGAGGUUUUGUCAGAGAUGCAGAACAGAUUGCAUGAAAACCGAACUGAUUCGGCGGCCACCUUAGACCUCGUGUCCACGUGGCUCAAGGUUUGCACUACUAGCCAUCCGGACUGUAACGUGGAUUCGGCAAGCAUGAAAAUGCCUACUAGACUUCUUGAAUUGGGUGUCCCCCAUCGCGAUCACCUUAGGCUUUCUGUUGCCGCACCAACUUCAAACAAACACCCCUAUAUAACUCUGAGUCACUGCUGGGGAGCGGCUAAAUUCCUGAAACUGACUGCCGAUACCUUUCAGCAACUUCUGGAUGGUAUUCAUCUGAAUGUACUGCCCCAAUCCUUCCAAGAUGCAGUUAUGAUUACACAAACACUUGGAGUACGGUAUCUCUGGAUAGACUCCCUUUGUAUACUCCAAGAUUCUUUAGAAGAUUGGCGACAGGAGGCUUCCACAAUGGGCGAUGUUUAUAAGGGCGCUCUUUGUAAUAUUGCAGCUUCUGGAUCCGACGAUAGUAAUGGCGGGUGCUUUCACAUGAGGAAUCCACAGGUAGUGGAGCCGUGUAUCAUCACCACGGAGUUCUCUGACAGCCCUAACGGCGAAUACCAUAUUCGGCUAGAAGACUACUUAGAAGCAGGUCUUCACAACGACCAAACAAUUUUCACUCGUGGUUGGAUAGUUCAAGAGCGGGCUCUACCGCCACGUGUCAUACACUUUGGCAGAAAUCAAGUAUUCUGGGAAUGCAAAACUGGGGAUCUCUGCGAAACCUAUCCUUCAGGUUUCAAGGUGGCCCAGAAGGGCUGGGGUGGCUGGUACGGCUUUAGCGACUUCUUCAGCUCGUUCAAGACGUGGGACAUGGGCAGCAAUCAAUCAACCCAUAAUGAUCCAGAAGCACGAGUUAGAGAUUUGUAUGGCGUUUGGGCUCAACUUGUAGGAGUCUACUCGCGAUGCAAUCUAACGAAAGCAGAGGAUAAGUUAGUAGCUAUUUCUGGAUUAGCCAAGGAAAUCCACAAAGCACUAGGAAGUAAGGACAGGUAUCUGGCAGGCUUGUGGCGGCAACACAUACUCUAUCAGCUAUUAUGGUAUCAUGGACUUGACGGCUAUGCAACAGAUACAAGAACGAGCGCCCGGCCAGAUUCUUACCGAGCUCCGUCCUGGUCCUGGGCUAGUCUCGAUGGGAAGGUAGACAUAGACUUCCCAGCUCCCAGCACAAGUAUGGUCUUUGACUUUCAUGUCACUUUGAUUGACGUACAUGUGGAGCAAGUAACGGACGAUCCAUUUGCCCAAGUCAAGGCUGGCUAUGUUCGACUUUGUGGGCCUUUGUUAACCCUGACAAUCAAAAGAACGACUUCCUCUAUUUUGAGCAGAUCCAGGGCGUAUGAUGCGUUGCUCAAUGGCCAACAUACCGGAGGUUUUGUUUAUCCUGAUAUGGAUGUGGGCGAUGCAGAUGUGCCUUUCCUGCAUUUCAUGCCAUUUUACAACAGUAACAUGGCAAAUUCACAAUGCGUAGGACUGUUGCUGCAACCGACAGGAGUGUCGAAGGGGGAGUUUAGAAGGUGUGGCCGACUAAGUAUAUUUGGCAAGGCAGUAAAAAUUGCAGGAGGGCCUCUUUGGACGAAUAUCAAGAACCACGACUGGCUGGAGUAUGAGUCUUUUGAUGGUAGUAGUGCAUUCACAAUUUCGAUUAUCUGAUGACAAGCGGUCCCUUAAUUAAGGAAAUUUAUGGCACAUGCUCCUAUAUAGAAAAACUCUGUCUGCUGGUUGCGUGGUGCUAGCAUACUCUUUUUACUAUCUCU